CGAAAUAAUAAUUCUGGCGAGUGCAGCGAUCACCAUCCACUCCAGCACCAAACUCUCCCUGGCUGCUGCUCUACCGCCUCUACAAAAACAUCCCACCUAACCAGCUCUCACCGCCAAAUCAUCCUCUGCAGAAUAUCACGAACUCCUUCACGAAUACCCUCUCGCGGAGACUGCGCGGCAUCUGGUUCGGUUGGCCUGGCUACGGAGCCCCCCCUUUGAUGGCUGUGAGCACCGGCUGAAGACCUCGACAUCCACCAACUUCCUACCACCCCAACAGCAUUAUGGCGGACCACCAGCGAACCGAGUCCCAGGACACGGUCGAGUCGAAGAAGGAGGAGGCAGACACAGAAACCAUGGAGUCGAGUCCCGACAGAGGCAGGAGGCAGUCGAGGGACUCGGAGCUUGAUUCCUCUGACCGGGAGAAUGUACGUUCCAGUUCCUUUCUUGCACCGCCCACCAUCAAAUCCCCGGACCUGCAUUCCAGUACCACGAGAACUUGGCUGACGCUGGCGGUUUUGGUAGGACACGUUCGAGGAUGCCAAUGACACGGCAGUCAUCGAAUCUGCACAAAUGGCAACCGCCCAGGUGGUAAGGUCGAGGUCGCUCACCCGACGGCCGUCCUCCUCGAUGCAGAGUGCCAAACGAGACUCCUCGUCCUCAGACCAGCAACUGCCAGUGCCCGAGAAACCGAUUCCAGCUUCAGGAGAGAAGCUCGCGACGAACGGAUUGAACGGGAAGCACGAGGAUCAUCCAAUCUCCCCCGGGACAGUUGAUCCAGAUCAUACCGUUGAUACGGGUGACACCACGCCGGAAAUAUCACAACAGAAAUCUCCUUUAUUAACCUCCCACCGCCUCUCAACUACCUCUUUAGAUAACGUAAAUCUGGACGAAGAAGGAACACCAACUACAAAGGAGGGACCACUAAAUGGUAAGGGUACAAAUCCGGUUCUAUGGUGACCCAGUUUAAUAUUGACUCUAAUAGUUGUUUCAGAAGACAAACCACCAGCUCUACCAGCAAGAGGCUCAAGACCAUCCCUUGGGCUAUCCGGCGCAUUGCCGUCAGUACCUUGGGGUGCUCCCCCUGCAGCACCACCUUCAACACAAUCCGCUGUCCUCGACGCUCCUCCACCUCCGCCAUCCAGAAAACUCACCAGUCCUUUUGCCUGGCUGUCACGAGGUUCUCAAUCUGGCAAAGGAGCAUCUGUCUCUCCCCUUCCCUCUCCAAAUAACGAACGAAGAAAUACGGCUUCUUCAAUUGCCACGAUUAGUAGCAACCCGGAAAUGAUGUUAAGCAAGCUUGAGGAGGGCAACGAGUCGGAUGGGAUCAACCGGCCAAUGCGGAAUAGUCUGCGGGAUCGAUUCAAGCUUCUGCGAAUGCGAGAAGAAGCUGGAAUUACAGGCUUAGAGGAUGGCGAAAAGGCUGGGACUACUCUGGCCGGCAUAAUAGAAAGGCGUGGCACAUUGAGCGCUGGAACACCGGAGAGAGAGUUGACACUGGGUGCACACUCCCCUCUUUCUCCUGUACAUCCAUCGAGUCCGAAUGUUCACACACUCAAUCCAGCUCUGGCGCCAGGAACGGCUUCCGGAGUUUCCGCAGGCCCAUCUGCAAUUGGAGAUCCAGAUGCACCCGUGGACUGGGAUUUAUGGCAAUCUGUGGUAUAUGAGGGACCCGCUGCUGUGGCUAGAACCAGCCCGGAGGAGUUGAAUAGAGCCAUCUCAACCGGUAUUCCUAAUGCCAUUCGAGGUGUAGUAUGGCAGGUACUUGCUCAGAGCAAAAACGAAGACUUGGAAAGCGUAUAUCGAGACUUGUUGGCUCGGGGUACAGAUAAGGACAAGGAUCGUAUGAGCACAGCGAGCAUAACCGGCCAAAGCUCUACUUCUUCUAGCAGCAGAGACAAGGACGAUGUGGCAUCGUCAGCAUCCUCAGUUCUUUCCGAUAAUUCCAACCCAGCCCAGAUACAUAUGAAUGGAUUGAGAUCUCCUUCACCGCCGAAAGAUGCUGAUGCUCUGGCAAAGGCCCAAGCUACAGCUGUUGCGCAGAAGAAGAAAAAAGCCAAGGACGAUGCAGUUGCCCUCAGUAAAUUAGAGAAAGCCAUCCGACGAGAUUUGGGGGCACGAACGAGUUACUCUAAAUUUGCAGCAAGUGCUGGCCUACAGGAAGGCUUGUUUGGAGUGUGUAAAGCCUACGCUUUGUUUGACGAAGCUGUGGGUUAUGCACAAGGCAUGAACUUUCUUGCCAUGCCAUUACUCUUCAACGUAAGAUAUAUAUCAUGAAAGUUACACGAUUCAAACUAAUACAUUGUAGAUGCCCGAGGACGAAGCUUUCUGCUUGCUUGUUCGACUGAUGAACAAGUAUAAACUACGAGACUUGUUCAUUAAUGAAAUGCCCGGUUUACACAUGCAUCUCUUUUUAUUCGAGCGAUUGCUGGAAGAUUUUGAGCCGGCGCUUUACUGUCAUCUUCAACGACGACAAGUUACACCACAUCUUUACGCGACUCAGUGGUUCUUGACCCUUUUUGCAUACCGAUUUCCCCUACAACUUGUCCUCAGAAUAUAUGAUCUCAUCCUUAGCGAAGGAUUAGCUGCGAUUUUGAAAUUCGGUGUCGUGCUCAUGCAAAAGAACGCAGCAACAUUGCUUGGUAUGAAUGACAUGCUGGCAUUGACGUCAUUCUUGAAGGACCAGUUGUUUGAUGUUUACAUCGAUUCAUCUCCUUCUAAGAGCUCCAUCCUUGAAUCUGGAUUCUUUGGAAACUCUGGAGCAAGUAUUGACAAAGAGGUAUAUAGAGCUGAUCAACUAAUUCAAGAUGCUUGUGCCAUCAAGAUUACCCCAGAGGUGAUCAAGACAUAUACUCUGGAGUGGGAAGAGAAAACUCGACUGGAAAAAGAACGCGAGACGGAGCUUGAAAAUUUAAAGCAGUCGAACACUGCUUUAACGAUGAAAGUUCGAAGACUGGAAGAAAGAGUAGAGGAACAUGAUACAGAACAUGCUGCUCUUGCGACCGACCUUGUCAAGACUAAAGUCGAAAACGAGGAAUUGAAGGAUGAGAAUGAAUCGCUCAGGACUCAAGUAGACGAGCUGCGAAAAGUGGUGGAAAAACAGCCUGAAGAAGUUGAGGAGAGACUGAAGAGUGAAAUGGAUCGAUUGAUGAAAAGGAAUCAAGAGGUUCACGAGGAAAAUUCGAGACUUGAAGAGGAAAUGGCUGAGAUGGAGAAGAGUCUUGUGGAGACCAAGAUGAUGUACGCAGAGGUGUGUUUUGAUCCCCACCCAGUAUUUACAAAUGAUUUGACUAAUAACCAUCAGCUCAACUCCAAAUUCGAAUCCCAGAAUCGGAAGUUCAACGAUUUGCGGAAAGCACUGGAUUAAUCAUAUCAUCAUCCCACUCACUCCUCUGGUUUUCUACCCCGUCCUACCAAUGAUUCACGGCCAUAAUAUAGUCACCCCUCGACUUGUACAGUCUCUUAUUUUUUUUCUCUCUCCGCAAUGAUGGACGAUAUUUGGCUUAGCGACGCAUUUUGCAUGCUUAUGAAGUUCCUAUGAAGUAGCUUACCUCUUUUAAAAGAAAAGCUUUCCUCUGUGAUAUCCGCCUCCUUUUUUUCUUCCUUACUUUUCUUUUUUACUGUGCUUGUUGUUUUUGAAGCAGACUUUUAGAUGGGGGUUCUUUGCUUUUUGUUGUUUUGUUUUGAGAGAAAGAGAAUCCCAGUACUCUUGUGAGCCUUAGCGUGCAAAAAGGGGGUUGGCGUGUUGUUGUGUUGUUUAAUAUAUAUUAUGAUUGCUGUGGAGAAGUCUGUGAUUGUGUGGG